AUUGUUCUUCCAUUUCCAACGCGCCGCGCGUCGGGGAGCUGCGCUAUUGCACCACGCUGUCGAUGCAAAGCAGCAUAUAACCCCGGAAAGUGGAUAUUCCGUAGUCUCGUCUCUGGACUAGCACUGAUUCGCUCUCCAGUCGAGGUCUCUUGACGAGCUAGAUUGCUUUUUAUUAACUUAUUCGCCAACUCAAAAUGGAGAAUGAGAGCAAGUACCUCCCGCAGCUCCUUGCCGAGAGAGACAGCUUAGACUCAUCGUUCAUACAUGCAAUGAAACUUAUUUCUGCAGAAAUUGAGAGGGUUCAGAAACAGGAGACGGAAAAAGACACUGAAACCUAUUUGGAUCUCUUUACAACGAAGAAUAUCAAAUUGAAGGAAAGGGUCCUUAUACCUGUCAAACAAUACCCAAAGUUUAACUUUGUUGGGAAGAUUCUUGGGCCGCAGGGGAACACGAUCAAGAGACUGCAAGAGGACACGGGCGCUAAGAUUUCUGUGCUGGGGAAAGGCUCCAUGCGAGACAAAGCCAAGGAGGAGGAGCUGAGAAGGAGCGGGGAGCCCAAGUACGCCCACCUGUCCAUGGAGCUGCACGUGUUCAUCGAGGUGUUCGCACCUGCGCCUGAGGCUUACCUGCGCAUGGCCCAUGCCAUGGAGGAGAUUAAGAAGUUCCUGUUCCCAGACAUGAUGGAUGAAAUUUGCCAGGAGCAGUUCAUGGAGAUGAGCUAUCUGAACGGAAAUCAGGAUCACGGAGCCAGGGGCCGAGGGGGCCCACUCGUCAGGGGCCGUGGAGUGCACCCACCCCCUACUGCUGCGCCCAGGGGGCGGGGCAUGCCUCCACUGCGUGGCGGAGUUCCUCGUGGUGGUCCCGCGAGGGGGGGAGUAGUGAGGGGAGCCCCUGCAGGCCGAGGUGGUCCACCAGCCCAGCCGACCCGAGGGGCCACAGCCAGCCGUGCCCGUGCCCCUGCCCCUGGACCUCAGCGCAUGCCCCCUCCACCUCCACGGCCUCCUGCCCAGGAGACGUACGAGGAAUAUUCCUAUGACGAGAGCUACACCGAGCCAGCCUACGAGUCUUAUGACAGCUACUACAGUCAACCGCAGGCAGAACCAGAGUACUAUGACUAUGGACAUGGGGAGACUCAGGAGGGGUAUGAGAGUUAUGCUCAAGAUGACUGGAAUGGAACACAGAGGACUUCUGUUGCCGGGAAGGCUCCUGCUCAGAGACAAACCAAGGGUGCAUACAGGGAACACCCCUAUGGACGAUACUGAACUCGUCAAGCAGAACGUCAUCCAUAAUGUGUCACCAUGACGACUGUCUCCCACGGCAGCUCACGCUUUAAGCAACCCAGACAAAAGUAAUUGACCGUCUUUUGUUUUCGUUUUUCUACUCCGGACAUUUUUUAAAGUGAAACUCCACAAAUCAGCAUCCGAAAGCUUCAAGAAUUGAAAGUUUGAGAUGGAUUUAAAGUGUUUAGAUAUUUAAAAACGGAAAGCUGUUUUUAUUUUGUUUUACGUUUUACAUUGCUACUCUCUCCUCCUCUCCUCUUUGCUUUUUUGCGUUGUUGAUAGAUUUUUUUGUGUCUUUUUCCUUAGUGGUUGGAUAAAUAUAUUUAAUUUAAACAUGUCAAAGCUUAACAACUGUGUAACCUGUUGUGUAUCUUAGGACACCACUUUAAUUUGUGUUGCUUUUAAAAGAAUCUAUAGAGGUGGAGUUGCAGAUUCCCAUUUAGGCUACAUUUCAAAAUUCUGCUCAAUAUUAGGAAAUCAAAAGGCCAUUAAACCAGAUCAUUUAUUUUAUGUAAUGUAAGGAACGGUAAUUAAGGAAAGGGAAAAGUCUCUUUAAUGACAUUGUCAACAACCAUUGAUUUAUUCUUUAUUUGUUUUAAAUAGUCUUAAAACAUGUAAAUUUAGACUUAGGCUUCAAUAUUUUUCACUAUAUUUUAGAGUUUUGAAAUAUAGCCCUAUUAGACGCUGUUGAGAUGGACUGUCCUCAAAUCCUUAAUUUGUUAAAAUAAGUCAUGGCUCUUUCAAAACUGUUCUGUAGAAUGACUAGUGUUUGGCUACUUAUGUAAAAAAAAAAGUUAAAAAAAGUAAAAUAUAAAAUAAGUCAGAUUUUCAUGGAGGAUAUUAUGUCAUAUAAACUGCAUGCAACUGCUUAAGAAGGAUUUGGACAACAAUCUCUACAAGGGUCAUCUCUUUAUAAUGUAAAGGGAUACUGCAGCUAAAUCCAAGUCUUUUGUACAUAGAUUAAAAAAACAAAAUCGCGUAAACUGUACGUACUGCCUUUUAGUCUCUGUACAGUCUCCAUAAAAUGCAGAAUGCUACGUGUGUAAGCUUGCCUAAAUAGGUAACUAAAUUUGUCCAAAAAAUGUUUUGCAGCAGUUGUCAAUAAAGCCUAGUUUGUUUUUUAUGAAACUUUAA